UAGUUUUUCUCCUCCGACGGAGCCUCGACCUGAAAGUGACUGUAUAUGUGAAAGUGGCCGUGAGUGCAUCCUUGAUUCGUAAAACACGAUUAACCCUAGAGGAUACCAGUGAAAAUGGCAUCCCUCUCGAACGCCUCCUUACUGGCAGACAAUGCCACCGUGGUCCCGGACUCCCAGUUCAUAUUUAACUCCACGGAUUACAUUGUUUUCUCCUUGAUGCUGAGCAUCUCCGCCGCGAUUGGAGUUUACUUCGGAUUCUUUGCCAAGGGCGCGGACACCACUGAGGAGUAUCUGAUGGGUGGCAAGCGCAUGAAGACCAUUCCUAUUGCCAUUUCUCUGGUGGCCAGCCAACUUUCUGCCAUCUCCAUCAUGACCAUUCCGGCGGAGAUGUACGCCUUCGGAGUAAAUUGGUUCUUCAACGUGGUUUGCAUGUUAGUUGUGGUACCGCUCCUGAACUACGUGGUCAUUCCGGUUUUCUACAACAACAACAUCACCAACUGCCUCGAGUACCUUGAGAUGAGAUUUAACCGGAAGGUGCGCGUCCUGAUGACUUUCAUCUUCAUCUCGACCAUGUUCUUUAUGCUGCCCAUUUUUAUAUUCCUGCCGUCAUUGGCCUUUUCGCAGGUCACUGGCUACAAUGUACACAUAAUAAAUACUAUUGUGUGUGGAAUUUGUGUCUUUUAUACCAUGUUUGGCGGAAUCAAGGCCGUUGUGUGGACGGAUGUCAUUCAAGCAGCCAUCAUGAUGUUCUCUGUGAUUUUGGUGGGCGUGAUGGGCGCCAACAGAGUGGGUGGCUUCUCCGAGGUCUUUCGAAUUGCUGGGGAAGGAGGUCGCCUGGAUGUGAACUUCAACUUCGAUCCGACCACAAGGUCCACCAUUUGGAAUAUCUUCAGUUCGGCCACCCUGAUGUGGUCGGGAUACGUUGGCUUGAAUCAGAGCUGCGUUCAGAGAAUUGUCUCCCUGCCCUCGCUGGGACAUGCCAGAAGAUCCCUAGUUCUCUUCGGCCUGGGAUUUAUUAUCAUCAUGUUCUUCAACUGCUUCACUGGCGUUGUCAUGUAUGCUCGAUUCCAUGCCUGCGACCCUAUGGAAGCCGGCCAUGUUUCGAAAGUGGAUAAAAUGGUUCCCUACUUCGUACAGGACACUGUGGGGCACUUGUCGGGCAUGCCGGGUGUCUUUAUAUCCUGCGUCUUCAGUGCUGCUCUCAGUACCCUCUCCGCCAGCAUUAAUUCCCUCGGCGGAGUGGUGUACUUUGAUUACAUCAAGCCCCAUAUCAUCCACACUGAGCACAAAGCCAAUGUGAUCAUGAAAGGAUUUGUACUUUUCGCGGGAAUCUACUGCAUCUUCGGAGGCAUGGUGGUGGAGAAAUUCACGUCCAUUCUCCAGGUGAUAUACUCGAUCGGAGGCGUCAGCUUUGGCGCCAAUUGUGCCGUCUUCUUCUUGGGCAUGCUCGUCCCCAAAGUCAAUGGAAAGGGGGCCCUAAGUGGAGUACUUGCCAGUAUUGUGUGCAUGGCCUCCAUCGUAAUUCUCAGCUGGGGUCGCAACCACUACGACACAUUGCCCAAACACACAGACGGAUGUCCUGCUGGCACAUUCAAUGAAACCUUGACCACUCCAUCGUCUGUACUCUUGAGUUCAACCGUAGAAGCGCCGAUUAAGGAUGAGGGAUUCAGCAUCUUAGACCUAUCUUUCAACUGGUAUGUGGUUGUGGGCUUCCUCAUCACUUGGCUAGUGGGCAUUCCCCUAAGCUAUGUCCUGAAGGACAGAUCCAAGCUGGACCCCAAGCUUCUCUCCCCAGUGGUCCAGCCAUUUGUUAAUUAUCAACCUGCGCAACUGGAGGAGCCAUACGAACUAAAAUUGGAGAAACCCGAAAAGGCCUGAGGGUUCAAAUGAGAACUGGGGCUAUUAACCAUAAGAUAUGCUUUAUAAGCAUUGGGGUGGUAUAAAGAUAUUUCUAAGAUAGGAACUGGCAGUCGUACCUCUUUAAACGAAAUAAAAAAUAGUAAAAUAGUAAAAAGUAAAAAAAUCUUAAAAUC